ACUUCCGCUACAAAUCUUUUGUUGACAUUGACAACAGUAUUUUUCUAUAACAGUAAUUUAUUUCUCAAUGCUCUAGUUUUCGGCCACUGCACCACAAAGAUGGGACGACCUAAAUAUUUUACACCAAAUGAAGUAUCUGUUCACAAUACUAUAGAUGAUUUAUGGGUGUCAUUUCUGGGAAAAGUAUAUGAUUUGACUCCUCUCUGUGAAAAAUACAAAGGUGAUGUUUUAUUGAAACCCAUUUUACAGACAGCUGGUAAAGAUAUUUCAAAUUGGUUCAAUCCUAAAUUAAAAGAUAUACGAACACACAUUGAUCCGUUAACUGGUUGUAUAAUACCGUAUUGUCCAAACGGUCGUUUUAUUCAUAUUCCUCCUCCGUACCCAGAUAGCGAUUGGGCAAAUGAUUUUGGUCGUCCCUGGUGGAAAGAUGAAUCAUACGCUGUUGGAAUUUUAUCAAAAAAGACACGGUUUAUUAAAAUCAUCAACACUUUAACAUCACAAGAACAAGUCAUUGAGGUCUGCUCCGAAGAAAACAUGUCCGAGAUAUUAGAGCGAUAUCUGAAAUAUAAUCAACACGCGGCCAGUUACACAUGGAAAUAUGAUGGCCGAAAUCUGGAUAUGAAGAAAAAUCUAGAAGAUAAUACUAUACCAGAUGAAGAUGAAGAUUUCUAUACCCUUAGUAUGAAUGAUGAUACGUUUUUACAGGCCAUUCAUCUUUAUUUUAACGAUGAUUUAACGGAAUCGUAAUUCAACGGAUAAAUCAACAUAAAGAAAUAUAUUUGAUAUUUUAUUUAAAGAUGCAUUAUGUAAGAGCUAAAUCUGCCUAUUGAAGGUCUUUUUUAUGGCUUCUUGUAUUAUAAAAAUACAUUAAGUAUGAGCUAAAUCUGCCUAUUCCAAGUCUUUGUCUGGCUUCAAAUAUUAUAAAAAUUAUUAAUUAGACAAUUAUUCACAUGGGAAACCUAUAAUAAACUCUCUAGACCAUUGGAUGGCUGAUAUUUAAAUGGAUUUGAACACCUGCGAGUUUUUAAAAUUUUACGACAAAUGGAUAAUGGAGACUUUGUGUUGAUGAUAUAUACCAGAUCUUCAAACUGCCAUAACAUCGCCCCAUAUUCAUUUCUCGUUAUCUAUUUUUGAACUAUUCUAACAAGAACGGCCAGCUCUUUAUCUAAAUCUUACAUAAUGUAUCUUUAAGGACGUUGAUCCUCCCUCAUUUGCAUUUUUCAGAAAGUAUCAACUUCUUAGACAAUAAAAUAGAACUCAUUGAUUAUUAAAUAUUUAAUUAAGAAAUCAAAAUGUCAACGUUGGAUAUUCACCUGGCUUGGAUUCAUUCAGAUUUAUAAGAGGCCCAUCAAACAUUAUAGGUGGCGCUUGCUUGUUUUGUUUAUAUUUUGUCGUCUGCAGAAUGUCAAAUUUUUAUUAUAUAGAAAGUGGUCUUUUAAAAUUGUAAAUAAAAUGUAUAUUUAUUGUUAAACUUAUACGUAAAUAAAAAUACUUUGAAAAUAG